AUGAAGCGGAUCACAUCAUGGCCGCAGGCCGUGCUCGGCAUCGCCUUCUCGUGGGGCGCGUUGAUGGGAUGGGCAGCCGAGCGCGCUUCCAUGGAAGCGCCGGCAUUGCUUCUGUUCACCGGAAGCAUCUUCUGGGUGAUCGGUUAUGAUACGAUCUAUGCCCAUCAGGACAAGGAAGAUGACGCGCUGGUCGGCGUGCGCUCGACUGCACGAUUGUUUGGCUCGCAUACAAAGAAAGCGCUGAUGGUGCUCUACGCGCUGGCACUCGGUUUCUUUGCCGCCGCCUUCGCCACCGCUGCCGUGCCGAUGCCGGCGCUAGCCGGCCUUUUGGCAGCAGGAUUGCAUUUGUUCAGGCAAAUCAAGGCAUUGGAUAUCGACAACCCGGACCAAUGCCUGGCGCUUUUCAAAUCCAACACGAUGGUUGGCUUGCUGAUUUUCCUCGGU